GGGACUAAUUUGUUGCCCAUAUAAGGCCUGAAACCCUAGCUAGGCUUAAAUCCCCAAAUCACCUCUCCUUUUCCGGCGAUAGAGGAGCCUCCACUAGCAGCAGCAGCAGCCGCCACCGUCUCGACGGAAAGCUUCAAGACUCUAUUUUGAGGAGAAGUAUUUUCGUGUUCACCACCAGCUAUGGAGACCCGAAACAUUCACCAAUCUCUUCAUCUUCACGAAGAAAUCACCGAAGAAAUACUGUCAAGACUGCCGGUGAAAUCACUCCUGCGAUUCAGGUGCGUUUCGAAAGCAUGGCGAUCUCUGAUCGACAGCAAACGAUUCAUCAAAAUGCACUAUCAAAAUUCGACAAGAAACCCUAGUUUAGCCCGCCACAAGGUUUUGUUGCUCAAAUAUGUCGGUGUCGCUACACUAGAGCUAACGCUGGUGCAACGCUCUGUACUCGAUAAAUCAGAAAAUCAAGUUGUAGAAUUGGAUUUCCCAAUCUCUCAUAACUCCAUCGUUGGUUGUUGCAAUGGACUGGUUUGCCUUGUACGGAACAGACAGUUUGUGUUGUGGAACCCAUCUACCAGAAUCUCCAAGAAACUGCCUCACUUAGACGACUUAGACGAUUACGACGAUUACGGCGACAAUCGUGCAUUCGACAGUUGUGGGUUCGGUUGGGAUGAAUCGAGUGGCGAUUACAAGGUUUUUGCGACUGCGACUGUGUGUGCCUGGAAUAGAAGCGACAAUGGCAAAGCUAUAGCUAUGAUGUAUAGCUUGAAGCGUGAUUCAUGGAAGGAAGUGAAGGGUUGGGAUUCAUGGAAGAAGACGAAUGGUAUUAGUAUACUUGGGGAUGGAAUGACGAUGGGGAUGUUAGCAAGUGGGAGUCUUCACUGGGAGAUGUGUGAUAGACGAGGCGUGGUUGCUUUCGACUUAAAGAGGGAGGUGAUCGGGGCGGUGGAGCUGCCGGAGUGCUCGGAAGGCUGCAGGUGGCUGGGAAUUGGGGUGAUCGGAGAAUGCCUUUCGGCAUACUACCGGCGCGAGUAUUCGAGUUGCGUGGAGAUUUGGAUGAAGAAGAAGGAGUCUUGGGAGAAAGUGGUGGUUCUUGAUCAGCUAUGUUAUCCUCUCCAUAUUUCUCCGGCCUUGGCUCCUUUUUGGGGUGGUGGGUUUUUGUUGAUCAAAAUUGGGAAUUUGAUGUUUUUUUAUGGGAAAGGGAUUAGGGUUAUGGUUUCUGACGUUUACAUUGAAAGUUUAGUGUCACCGUUAGAGGCCUAGGGAGAAAGAGAGAGUACUAU